AUGUCGGAAUCGAAAUAUGAUUCUGUCAAAAAGAAAGAACUCUCUGAUCAAGAAUUACAUGAUAUCAAUUGCAGUAGUGACUUCACGGAUACUUGUGACUAUGGCCUUCUUCAGGAAAGUGUAUUGGGGUUAUAUACAACAAUGCAAGAAUUCGCCAGCCACCCAAUAUUUAAAUCACAUGUACAAAACGAAGCGUUCAAAAUGAUUGACAUUGACAAUCAAUUGAAGACAAGAAACAGAGAUUUGACGGAAGACCAUGCAAUAAUUUUUGCUGGUGAAACCGGUGCUGGGAAAUCAACUGUCAUUAACUUGUUGAUUAAUGAAGAGGAGGAUGUUCUACCCGUAGACAUCACAGCAACAACUUCAAGGCUGUGUAAAAUUCUGAAUUGUGAUCCAAUGGUAAUAUUAACAAAGAAUCAUGAAAACAAAACAAUAGAGGAGAGAAAGUUUCAAUCUCAUGAGAAAUCAAAUAUGAUAUCCAGUCUGAGAGACCUUGUUAGAACAGAUGAUCCCAAAGUGAGAUCCAUAAACAUUUGUCAUCCUGUUCCAAUUCAACAGGGAAAGAGAAAUAUUAUACUUCUCGAUACACCAGGAGUUGGUAAUAAAAAACAGGAUGAAGUUGUUAAAAUGAUGAUGGAAUAUCUACCCAACUCGGUGGCAUUGAUUUUCAUCAUAAAUAUUGGAAAUGCUGGAGGAUUUCAAAACGACAGCCUUCGUGGGUUUUUGGCUGAGAUGAGGGAAUCAAUGUUCCAGAUGCCCUGUUUUGAACCCCAAAAUGCAAUUUUUUUACUUAAUAAAUGGGACACGCUGAUCCCCAAUAGAUGGGAAAAUGACCUUUUUGAUCAGAUGAAAAGAAAAACACAUGAGAUCUGGAAAGACGUUGAUGACAGAAAUAUUUUUAAAUUUGCAGCAGGAAGGGUUACCCAAAAUAAAAUGUACAAAGAUGAACUGGAAAAGUUCAAAUCCGUCUUGAAAGAAAUGAUGGAAAGAAAUGAAAGUAAAAGAGUUAAAGAGCAUCUUGAGUAA